AUGUUCAAGCUUCUACACGGGAAGUUCAUCAUCGCAAACCGUAUGCAGCCAGAUGGCGAUACCAUCAGGUUCAAGCCUGACAACGCUGGUUUCGUCGAAGAGCUGCGAAGAGGAUCUCCUGGUAGCUCCAUCAACGAUAAAGGUGUCAAUAUCCGCUUGGAAGCGGUUGAUGCACUGGAAAAAAACCAAGAGUUAAUGGGCGCCACAGCCGCUCGUGACGAGCUAUUGCAUAUGCUCGGGUUUACGGGUGUCAGAUAUACUGGCGACCCCCCGUUUUUUAUCAGUUCUGGCGAUCAAGAAGUCAUUGGGCAUGUAUCGUCCAAUGGUUUUGACAGCUUUGGCACACGGCUAGUUGGCUUCGUCUACAAAGGCGAUGGUAGCGUGCACGGCUCGGAUGGCUCUGACAUCUCCCUAGAUGAAGGCCUGGUAAAUGAAUCUGUCAACACCGCUCUGCUCUCUGAGGGAUAUGUCUUCCCAGCAUUCUACGACACUCUACCGGAGAAUAUACGCGAACAUUUGGCCACCAAGUCAAAAGCUGCCCGCAGGGCAAACAAGGGCGCCUGGCCACGAUCGAAGGGUUUCCCAGGAGAUCCGCUCAUCCUUGAGACGCCAAUCUUGGCAAGCCUGAGAGAGGCGGUCUUAUGGCCCAAGCUCUACCGCCGUCUAGAAAGUUACCUCAAGUCAGGUCGACAUAAAACUUUGGAUGGCUUUAGUGAAUGGCUUCAAGAAGACCCCCAGUCGCGCGACGACGGCAUCCUUCUCAUCCAGAGCAACCCGCCUGAAUCAGUCCGCCUGCACGAUGUGGUGGAGGCUUCCGGCAAUAGCGUCGAGCUCAAGUUCUGGCCUGAAGACUUCAUUGUCCAAGGCCACCCUACGAACACCAACGGAUCCCAGCAGUGA